CCAAACCCCUUGGAGAAAAAGCGUUGCAGAUGAAGAGCUUGCCAAGAUAGAGGCUGAGCGGGAAAGGAAGCGAGAGCUGGAAGAGCGCGAGGAUGAGCUGCUAGAUGCAGGCUCCAGGCGCCGAAGAUCAGUAUCUUCACAUUCAGUAUCAACCAUCUCUACAGAUGCCUCAAGAGACUCUCGCUCUCCACCGCCUAGGCGAAGAACUGGGUCUCCUACUCCUGACCGACGGGGACACAGCCAUGAGUUGGCAAGUGACCGCAGCUACAGCCGAAGCCCGUCACCUCCGCGACGAGAGCGGCGUUCAGUAUCACGCGGUAGCCCAUCUCCUUCGCGUGAGGAUCUCCCGCGAGGAGAUAGAGGUCGCCGGGGACAGCCCUCUCAUGGCCGGGAAGACGAUGCUUCACCCCCUCGGCAGCGCCAGCGUGACCAGGAGCCCGGGCGACGCCACGGCAGGCGGCGAAGCUGGUCAGAUUCACGAUCGAGAUCACCACAGCAAGAUGAUCGGCCAUAUCGAAGGCGAGAUGAAGACGGCCCCCAGCGUGGUGGCCGCCGCGGCGGGCGUGGGGGAGGGCAAGGAAGAGCACCGCCCAGAGAGGCCCCCCGAGAGCGAAGUCUCAGCCCCUUUAGCAAACGAUUAGCACUGACUCAGUCUAUGAAUAUGGGUGGAAGAUGAUUGGGUAUCUUAAUUUGGCCGAAUGUAAAUAUUAGCCGUAAUGUCCA